AUGUUCAUAACGCGUAAUUAUACCGAAGAGUCUGGUUUUUGUGAAGCCUCCUGCUCCUUCUGCUCCAUUGCAAAGCCAAACCCUUGCAGCAGCAGCUCGAAACCCACGAUCUGGCGAUGGUUUGAUGUGCUUGCAAUCCCCUUCGACCACGCUGAUAAGCUCCGCCCCCUGCUGCUGCCUCUUCAUUCUCAAGAUAAGGGAAGAAAGAAUCGGAGAGGAGUUUUUGAAGCUAUGACGAUGGGGUCAUCCCCUGCUGCGACAGUGUUGGUGCUUGUAAUGUGCUGCUUGCUGUGUGGAGGAGGAGCUGCUGUGGAGGGAGGGCUCAUUGUGGAGCUCGUGACGCCCUCGGUGUCCCUUGGAUCCGAUGCGCAGAAGCUUCAGGUGUCUGUGACCUCGUCCGAUGGGUCGCCUGCUCCCGCUGCUACAGUGGCACUCGCUUCCGUUCACUCUGUCGCGUCUGAUUCUCCAGUUUCGAUCUCCGAGCAGAGCUUUGCAUCUAUUGGAGAUGGUAAGUAUGAAUUGGGGCUUUCGUCAAGUGACCUCUUCUUGGGGAAGUACAAGCUCCGGAUUGAUGCAUCAUCGGACGAUGAUAAGGGUUUCCUGGACACUGUGAUUGCCGUGACUGCCCCCAUUUCGGUGUCCAAUGUGAAGGUUGGUGUAGUAGAGGGCGAUAGCGUCCUCCCUGAGUCGGAUGCUAGGUUAGAGUUUAAGCAGACGACGACAUUGUCGGCAACCCACUUACAGAAGCUCAAACUCGCAUUUGAGGUCAGUGGUCCAUCCGGUGCUCUGUUCAAACCCCAGCAGGUUAUGCUGAAGCUGAGAGGCGAGAGUGGCGUGGAGCAGACUUUCCUCAUCAAAUCUUCGACAGGAAACUCUUACGAGCUCACUUUGGACUUCACAAAGUUGGUGGAGAAGCUGAACCACCAAUCGGGUGUUUAUACUGUUGACCUAAUCGUCGGUGACGAUGUCAUGGAGAACUCAUUUUUGUGGACUUUGGCGUCUUUGGAUCUGGACUUGCCAGAGGGCCCUGAAGGAGCAUCAUCCGCACCCGUCUCCAAAUUUGGUCCCAAGCCUGAGAUUUCUCACAUCUUCCGUCAGCCCGAGAAGAGGCCUCCGACGUAUCUCUCGAUGGCGUUCUUAGUUCUGACCUUGCUCCCACUUGUAGGGUUCUUCGUCGCCCUCCUGCAACUUGGCGUCAACCUAAAGAAUCUUCCAUCCGGCGGAUUGCCGCUAGCUGCCGCUGCUGGGUUCCACGGUGGUAUUGCAAGUAUCCUGGUUCUGUACCUCAUGUUCUGGUUGAAGCUGAACCUAUUCACGACGUUGCAGGUGCUUGGAUUCCUAGGUUUGUUGACUCUCGUGCCUGGGUUUAACAUUCUUUCCUACUUGGCAAACCUUUCGUCAGCUUCCAAAGUGAAAACGUCGUAGUGACACUGCCGCUUAGUUUUGGGCGUAUGGAAGUGGUUCAAUGGACACGUGUUGGAUUUAUUGUUGCCUAAGAUUUAUACUUUGAGCCCAGUUUUGAUGCCUUGUAGAUCACUAUCUGUAAUUUGGAGCUCUUAGAAAAAGUACAGAGGACGUGCAGUUACUGCUUACCUUGCGCUCCCUGCCUUCAUAUGCCCUGUCCCUUCCUGGUAAAAUGGAAUAGAAUUUGUCAACUUCAGAGCAGUAA